AUGGCCCCGGAGGUACUCAACUGCCCCCUCAAGGACGACCCCCAGGAGAACAAGGAGAUCAAGCGCCUGCACUACACAAGCAGCGUAGACACGUGGGCCGUCGGCUGCCUCGCGUUUGAGCUGACCGUGGGCUUCCCGCCCUUCAUCGCUGAGAAGACCGCUGACAUCACCGCCCGCAUCCAGGCUGGCAAAGUGCAGUACCCCUCAAAGAUGAGCGAGGAGCAGCGCGACUUUGUGGACUGGGCGCUGCAGCGCAACCCCGCGGACAGGCCCACUGUGGCGGAGCUGCUGCAGCACCCCUGGAUUACGCUGCACCAGAGGCGCAAUUCCCAGCGCAACAUCGGCGGCUCCGGGGACGGCAGCAGCGGCAACAGCGACGGUGCCGCCGCGGCGGGCCGCGCGGCCAGGGCGGCGGCGGGCCGCGCGGUGAGCUCGCGCAACCUCAACACGGGCUCCCACAGGGCAGGCGGCAGCCGUUAA